CAUGGUCAUCAACAGCCAUUUUCAAUAACUGUCACAUGAAUUUCCAGCUCAAUCAUCAAAGAACAAUUUCUCCCCUAAAAUCUUGUAGUAUCUGCCAAUUACAAUCUCAAAGUUCUUGCUAAAAGAAACUUACAAGUCCAGUGAAUUAAGCUCUUUCGAAAGUUUUGCUUGAAGAAAAACUAUUUAUUUCUGGACUAGGUUCCGAUUCAAGAUGGGACUCUCACAAUAUCCAACUCCAGCCGAUGCAGGAGUGUUCUGUGUGAUUCUGGUUAACACAGCCAUAUCUAUCUCUGUUGUUAAGGAGAUAGUUCGGUCUAUUCUUCAUGUGAUUGGCAUCCACUUUGCAUCUUCGGAAGAAUAUUCUAUUGAAGGCCCGUUUGAAUGUCGUGGAAGCCCUUCGGGUUCAUAUAUGGAGGACUUCCGAAGGCGAACCCCUGCAGUUCGUUAUGAUUCAGUGUGUACAUCUAAUCAAGAAUGCUCGGUAUGCCUGGCAGAUUUCAACCAUGAUGUAGAAAUAAACUGCCUCUCAUGUGGCCAUGUUUUUCAUAAGCUCUGUCUUGAGAAAUGGAUCAAGAAUUGGAAUGUCACCUGUCCUCUCUGCAGGAAUUACAUUAUGCCUCAAGAAGGUGAGGAAGAUACUUGUCCAAUGUGAAUUUGUGAUGCUACUAGUCCAUCUGUUCGAGGUGUUCCUAUGUACAGCUUAGUAGUGUACAGAUUGAAUAGAUGGAUGCCUGAUCGACGUAAUUCUGUAGCUUGUUAAAUUGUAGUACUCUGCGUCCUCUCAGAGUGACGGGUCUCCUUGUUGUGACCAAGUAUUCAUACAUUGUUGUACAUAUAUAUUAUGAAUUUUCCACUUGGGAUGUUCUCCAUCUUCUAGCUUAGCCAGCUAGCAUUAAAGGGAACAAUUUACUGGUUGAUUGA